AUGAUAACGACUAUUAAGACUAAUAAUAAAAAAAUUGAAAGAGAUUUAGCACAUCUAUUAAAAGCUCUCGCCUCUUGGGAAAUUCAUAUUGAGAAUUAUAGAAUCGCUGAAACAGAACAUCAUCACUUCGAUAUUCAAUUAGCAUUCGAAUAACUAGACAAGUUAGGGAGGGGCUAUAUUACAAAGAAGAAAUUUCAUGAUUUUCUUACAGAAGGCCAAGUGCAUUGUUCAUUUAAAGAAUGGGAGUUCCUUCAUUCCUAUUGUUUUAAGAUUGAUGAUGUUAAUCUUGAAACAUUUAUCAAUUUCAUCUUACCGUAAUCAUCUUAAAAGAAAACCACCCCCAGUGUUAAAGAAAGUACUAAUCAAGUUAUGGCACAAUGGAAUAGGGAAUUUAUAUUGAGAUUUUUUGAAAGAAUCAUUAUUUCAACAAGAGAACUUAAUCAAUUAAAAUAUGAGUUACAUUAAUGGGUCUAUUAUGACAUUCAUGAAAUUUGGAAAGUCAUUAGUAUCAAAUAUCCAACGAAAAAGACAGGAUAUUUAGCAGAAGAUUCAAUUAGAGAUCUAAUUGAAUAAUAUGGAUUCCAUUUUAGUAGAGAAGAAUUUUAGGCAUUAAUAAAGAUUUUAAAAUGCGAAUAACAUUAAGAUUACUUGACAUAAAAGCAAUUAUACAGUCUUAUUUCUCCUCCAGUAUUUCUCGUCUCUAAUUCAUAUUUGUAAGAAGAGACAACGGAUUCAAAAAAACAAAAAGAAUCAUAGACUUAUGAUCAUUAGAAGUAUAGAAAAGGUUUUGAUCUAAUCAGGGAGGAGAGACCAAAAUCAUUAUUUGAUUCAAAUUAUAUGGAUAAGCUGAGGGAACAUUAUAAAUAACAUAAGCUUGAAAACUAGAAUUAUGAAUCAGAUUUGAGGAAUUAGACAUUGUAAUUUAAUAACUAUUUCUCUUCAAAUUACUCUUAACUUUAAUAAUCUUUAUAUAGAGUUGAUACUGUUUAUAAUUAAUAUGGAGGAAGGAUUAGAUAUUAUGAAUGA